AUGAGACUUGACCAACUCCCUACAGAAAUCAUAACUCAUAUUGGCAACUAUCUUGAGAACAAGAAGAACUUUGCAAGUACAUGUCGCUCUUGCUAUUUUGCUCUUCUUCCACAACUUUGGCAUCACAUAAGCCUACACGACCAACAGCAAUUAUCCAAGAUUAUGUACGGAUGUUACGUGCGAGAAGUAUCUCUUUCAGAGCAACCAAAGAAUUUACCUAUGUCGUUUGAGAUGGGUAAUCCCUUGAAGUGUAGUGUAGAGAGUGAAAAACAAGAAAUUGAUCUCAUCCAAUUUGGUAAGCACUUGAUCACUUUAUGCCCUUACAUUGCCUGUCUUGAGAUUGACCUCGACGCAUACAUAUUUGUUCAUCCAUAUGGAAUGGUUGAGUACCGAGGAGAACUGUGCCUGAGCAACUACAGAUCAGAAACAAUAUUACUCCAGUUGCUACCAUGCUUUGGAUAUAUACCGCAUUUAACUGUCCGCACACCCACUGUGAUUUCACUAUGUGAUGAUGAUAUCGUGCUCUUGUCAGAACGUGAUAUGUUACCCAUCAUGGCCCUUGACGAGCUUAUCUCUUUGAAUCUGGCAUAUUUGGAUACUGAUGUCUCUCCCGAAACUAUCUAUCGAUUGGUACAGCACCUUCCUCACUUACGUCGUCUGCAACUCAACUGGCUCUUUCCGCCAUAUCAGCAUGAUCAUUCUCGUCUCUGUAAACUCCUUGAGGAUGAUUUUGGUCUUUGUCCUGAUAGAAUUUAUUCAAAGUCUUAUUUCUUUCAAGUAUGUUUCACUAUCACAUAA